GUCCCCAACACCAAGUCCCCGGAGCAGCGACGCGAGUGAGUGUUCCUCGAGUCCCGAUGUGGGAGGCAACCAGCCUGCUUUUUCUAGGAGUUCUAAAGGGAGCACGCUCCCCGGUCCCCGGGGCCCCCACCUGUAGUCUCUGACUCCCUCUCCACCUCGGACCCCAGGAGCCUGACUCCUACCUGCCGCGCCCCCCAACUGCGCACCUGCGGGAGUCGUGAAGUCGGAAACUCCCCGAAGGCAGCGGAGCCCCUGGCCGCCUCCCCAUGCCCGAGGCGAUGCAGGCGGAGAGCGAGGACGCCGAGCUGCGCUGCCGCGUGGCGGUGGAAGAACUGAGUCCCGGGGGGCAGCCGCGGAGGCGCCAGGCCCUGCGCUCGGCCGAGCUGAGCCUGGGGCGCAACGAGCGGCGGGAGCUGCUGCUGCGGCUGCGGGGCUCCGAGCCCGGGGCGCCCCCCCGCUGCUUCCCGCUGCGCGCCGCCCGCCUCUUCACGCGCUUCGCUGCCGCCGGCCGCAGCACCCUGCGCCUCCCCACCGACGGCGCGCCCCGGCCCGGCGCGGUGCAGCUGCUGCUCUCCGACUGCCCGCCCGAGCGCCUGCGCCGCUUCCUGCGCACCCUGCGCCUCAAGCUGGCCGCCGCGCCCGGGCCCGCGCCCGCCUCGGCCCGCGCCCGCCUGCUCGAACCGCGGCCCCGCGACUUCGUGACCGUCAGCCCCGUGCAGCCGGCCGAGCUGCGUCGCGCCCUGGGCCCCCGGGCCCCCGAGUCCGUGCCCGCGCCGUCCGCCCCUGAGCCCCGGGAGGAAGCCCGGCCCCGCACGGAAGCCCAGCGAUGGCCCCUGCCAGUCAAGAGGCUGAACUUACCUCCAGGCAAACCGCAGCUUUCUGAGGAGCAGGCGGCUGUGCUGAGGCUGGUGCUCAAGGGCCGGAGCGUCUUCUUCACUGGGAGCGCAGGCACAGGCAAGUCCUAUCUGCUGAAGCGGAUCCUGGGCUCCCUGCCCCCCACGGGCACCGUGGCCACUGCCAGCACAGGGGUGGCGGCUUGCCACAUCGGGGGCACUACCCUCCAUGCCUUCGCAGGCAUUGGCACAGGCAGGGCACCCCUGGAGCAGUGCGUGGCCCUGGCCCGGAGGCCCGGCGUGCGGCAGGGCUGGCUCAGCUGCCAGCGGCUCGUCAUCGACGAGAUCUCCAUGGUGGAGGCUGAGUUCUUCGACAAGCUGGAGGCUGUGGCCAGAGCCGUGCGGCAGCAGGACAAGCCCUUCGGGGGCAUCCAGCUCAUCAUCUGCGGGGAUUUCCUGCAGCUGCCACCUGUCACCAAGGGCCUCCAGCCCCCGCGCUUCUGCUUCCAGGCCAAGAGCUGGAGACGGUGUGUUCCCGUGAUCCUAGAGUUGACCGAGGUGUGGCGGCAGGCGGACCAGACUUUCAUCUCCCUGCUGCAGGCUGUGCGGCUGGGCAGGUGCUCAGAGGAGGUGACCCGCCAGCUCCGUGCCACGGCUGCCCACAAGGUGGGGCGAGAUGGCAUCGUGGCCACCAGGCUUUGCACCCAUCAGGACGACGUGGCCCUCACAAAUGAGAGGUGUCUGCAGGAGCUGCCGGGGGAGGUGCACAGCUUUGAGGCCAUGGACAGUGACCCUGAGCAAGCCCGGACCCUGGACGCCCAGUGUCCCGUCAGCCAGCUCCUGCAGCUCAAGUUGGGGGCCCAGGUCAUGCUGGUGAAGAACUUAGCCGUGACCCGGGGCCUGGUCAACGGGGCCCGCGGGGUGGUGGUCGGCUUUGAGACCCAGGGCCGAGGGCUGCCCCAGGUGCGCUUCCUGUGUGGGAUCACGGAGGUCAUCCGAGCCGACCGCUGGACAGUGCAGACUUCAGGGGGGCAGCUCCUCAGCCGCCAGCAACUGCCCCUCCAGCUGGCCUGGGCCAUGUCCAUCCACAAGAGCCAGGGCAUGUCUCUGGACUGUGUGGAGAUCUCUCUGGGCCGUGUGUUUGCCAGCGGCCAGGCCUACGUGGCACUAUCCCGGGCCCGCAGCCUGCAGGGCCUCCGCGUGCUGGACUUCGACCCUGCGGUGGUCCGAUGUGACCCCCGUGUGCUGCUGUUCUACGCCCGUCUGCGGCGUGCCAGGGGCCUCUGUGGGGAUGCCCCCAGCAAUGAGGAGGAAGAGGAGACAGCGUCAGACCAGGAGAAUGUGGACCCGAACCUCUGAGUUGCACAGACAGACGGACAGACACACAGACAGAUGAGGUCUCCCAGCCUGCGGUGGCUCCUCCCUCCCCACUGUGGGCUGAGUACCUGGGGACAACUCAGGACCAGCCUCCUUGGCAGAGCUCAAGGGAGAAGGUGUCCCACCUGCUGGCCAGCCAUGCCUCAGUUUCUCCCCUGGCCGCAGGGAAAGGAGAAAUGCCUUCCAUGCCGGUUGGGCGUGGGCCUGAGGUGGCCCCACUCUCUCCGCCAGGGCUGGCUAUACAUAGUGUUCUGAGUGCCACCCCUGGGUCCUGGGAGGUGGGACAGCCCAGGAGCAGGAACAGUCUGGGGAGGGAACAGAGCAGUCAGUGCCUGGAGGAGGCUUGAGCUGGGGCUCUCUGGGUAGCUUCUUGCUACGUGUGUAGCCCAAACUUGAGCCCUGGAACCAGUCAGGAUCAUCGGUGCUAGAGGUUUUUGUGUUUGUUUUUUUUUUAAUAACUUAUUUUUUUAAAAUACUUCUUUUUUAUAUUUAUUUAUUUAUUCCCUUUUGUUGCCCUUGUUUUAUUGUUGUUGUAAUUAUAUUAUUGUUGUUGUUGUCAUUGUACUAACACAGUGUGUUUAUUAAGUUCUUAAAAAAUAUAUGACUUGUACAUGUUUUCAGUGAUUACUAUUCUUUGAUACAGUUUUAAUUUUGAUGAGGUUUAGUUUAGCUGAUUUUUCUUUGUUGCCUGUGCUUUUUUCAGGCAUAGAAGGAAAUCUUUGUGAAAUCCAGUGUUAUGAAGCUUUCCCUCAUUUGCUUUUUU